UCAGUGACGUCACAUCCUGCUGUAGACUGAAGAAUGGCGUCCCCCAGGUCAGGAGGUGUGAGUGAGCGCGCGACGGAGAGGAAGAGCAACACAGAUGAGGGUGAUUUGCUGACGGUGCCAGACGGGUGGGCGGAGCCUGCGUUCACCAGACAGGAUAACCCUCGGGGGCUGCUGGAGGAGAGCAGCUUCGCCACGCUGUUCCCCAAAUACAGAGAGAGCUACCUGAGAGAGUGCUGGCCUCUCGUUCAGAAAGCACUCGCGGACAUCUUCAUCAACGCCUCUCUGGACCUGAUUGAAGGAAGCAUCACGGUCAGCACCACGAAGAGAACCUUCGACCCCUACGCCAUCCUGCGAGCGCGAGACCUGGUUAAACUGCUGGCGCGCAGCGUUCCCUUCGAGCAGGCGGUGCGGAUCCUGCAGGACGACGUGGCGUGUGAUAUUAUAAAGAUCGGGACGACGGUGCGGAACAGAGAGCGCUUUGUGAAGCGCAGACAGAGACUCAUUGGGCCGCGAGGGUCCACACUGAAGGCUCUGGAGCUGCUUACAAACUGUUACGUGAUGGUCCAGGGGAACACUGUGUCUGCACUUGGACCUUACAGCGGGUUAAAGGAGGUGCGUAAGGUGGUGUUGGACACGAUGAAGAACAUUCACCCCAUCUACAACAUAAAGACGCUGAUGAUAAAGCGUGAGCUAGCGAGCGACCCGGAGCUCCGCAAACAGAGCUGGGAGCGCUUCCUCCCCAAGUUCAAACAAAAACACCUGAACAAACGGCAACAACCAACGAAGAAGAAGGUCAAGAAGGAGUACACGCCAUUCCCUCCACCUCAACCCGAGAGCAAGGUCGACCAAGAACUCGCUACUGGAGAGUUUUUCUUGCGCGAGAGAGAAAAGAGAAGGAGGAAGUUGACUGAGAUCAAGGUGAAACAGGCCGAGGCUCUGAGCAGGAAACAGGAAGAGAGAAAAAGAGCGUUCAUUCCUCCGAAAGAAAAGAAAAUCAUCAAAAAGAGCAACAAAGCUCCAGUAAAAAACACACUCGACCUGGAGGCGAUUAAAGAGAAAGUGAAGAAAGCCAAGAAUAAGAAACUGGGAGCUCCUCCAGUGAACCCCACCACGGCGCCCUCUACAGGCCCCAACAACAAGAAAAAGACGAAGAAAAGCUAACCAGAUCUGUACAUGUACAUGGACCCUGUGUGUGUGUGUGUGUGUGUGUGUGUGUGUGUGUGUGUGUGUGUGUGUUAUAACAAUUCAGGAAUAAAGACAGAGAUGAGAAUGAGGGAGUGAACAUGUGAUUUGAAUCUGAUUGUGGUAUUCUUAGGAUUAUUACGGUAUUCUUGUGA